CGGGGAAUGCUGAGGGUGGCCCCCCGGGCCCUGCUGUGCUGCCCCCCGAGACCCUCGAGAGCCCCCCACAUCUCCAGCAGCCCCAGGGCCAUGUCGCUGUCCCCAGCGCCAGCAGUGUCCCCAGGGGGGGUGGUGGCCGUGGUGCAGGUGACCAGCACGGCGGACAAGGAGCACAAUUGGCAGCAGUGCUCGGCGCUGGUGCGGCGGGCGGCAGAGCGCGGGGCCCGGGCCGUGUUCCUGCCCGAGGGCUUCGACUUCAUCGGGGACAGUCCCCGGCAGAGCCUGGAGCUGGCAGAGCCCCUGCACGGGGACAUCGUGGGGCGCUACCGCCAGCUGGCAAAGGAAUGUGACGUGUGGCUGUCCCUCGGGGGUUUCCACGAGCGUGGCCAGGACUGGGACAGCACGGGCCGGAUUUACAACUGUCACCUGCUGCUGGACAACUCUGGUGCGCUGGUGGCCGCCUACCGGAAGCUUCACCUGUUUGACGCGGCGCUGCCGGGGGCGCCGGCGCUGAGCGAGAGCUCCUUCACCAACCCGGGCCGGGAGCUGCUGCCACCCAUCGCCACCCCUGUGGGCAAGCUGGGGCUGGCCGUGUGCUAUGACCUGCGUUUCCCGGAGCUGGCCCAGGCUCUGCGCGGGGCCGGUGCCCAAAUCCUGACCUUCCCCUCGGCCUUCACCGUCCCCACCGGAGCUGCACACUGGGAGGUGCUGCUGCGUGCCCGUGCCAUCGAGUGCCAGUGCUACGUGGUGGCCGCGGCUCAGACCGGGCGGCACAACCCGGGCCGGGCGUCCUUUGGCCACUCGCUGGUGGCCGAUCCCUGGGGCACGGUGGUGGCCCAGUGCCAGGAGGGCCCAGGGCUGUGCCUGGCCCAGCUGGACCUGGCCUACCUGGAGCAGGUGCGCCAGAACCUGCCUGUGCACGGCCACCGCCGUGGGGACAUUUACGGGACCCUGCCGGGGACAGCGGCCACCUGAGCUGGCACCGGGGGACCGGCACCGACUGGCACCGACUGGCACCGGGUUUGGGCUCAAACUGCUCCAAAUCCACCCAAAAUCCACUCGGAGUUGGCACCGGAUUUGCUUUUGUGUCCCCAGAAUGAAGUGGCACAAGGUGUCGCCUCUUUUUCUUUUUUAGGGUCCCAAAUCUGCAUCGAUUCAAGCUC